UCUGCUUUUUCCUCUCCAUGUGGCUCUAGUCUUCGUUUGCGUCUUCCUCGCCACUCUCUCUCUCUCUCUAUCAACCCCUCUCGCUUUUUUCAGAAUUUUCUCCGGUUCAUAUCUUUCUUCGAAUGAUCGAGGACUUUGCCUGAGAAUAUGGUGGCUGAAUCAUGGUUCCGUAAACUGUGGAGACUCCCGAAAAGGCAUGAAGGCGGCUCGGAGAAGGUGGUGAUUGGAGUGUUGGCUUUCGAGGUUGCAAGCUUGAUGUCGAAAUUGGUUCAUUUGUGGCAGUCUUUAAGCGACAAGAAUAUCGAAAGGCUUAGAGAUGAGAUAACCAAUUCUGUGGGGAUAAAGAAGCUUGUUUCUGAAGACGAUAAUUUCAUCGUAAGUUUAGUAUGUGUAGAAUUGAUGGAGAGUAUGGAGAAUGUGGCGAAAUCUGUGGCUAGGCUUGCGAGGAAAUGCGAGGAUCCCGGUUUGAAGAGCUUUGAGAAUUGUUUUGGUGACAUGAUGAAGAAAGGGGCUGACCCAUAUGGAUGGCGGUUUGGGUGGAAGAAAAUGGAUAGGAAAAUGAAGAAGAUGGAACGUUUUAUCUCGGCUAAUGCAAGUCUGUACCAGGAGACGGAAAUCCUGGCGGAUCUCGAGCAGACUUUUAAGAGAAUGAUGUCUAGUGAGGCUGCAUCCAAGAGUUUACUUGAGUAUCAGAAAAAAAUCUCAUGGAAACAACAGGAAGUGAAGAAUUUGCGGGGGGUGUCUCUUUGGAACCGGACUUAUGAUUUCACCAUGCUUCUCUUGGCUAGAUCGAUCUUUACAAUAUUUAGCAGGAUCGAAUAUGUUUUUGGCAUUAGUUCUACAGCAGAGUCAAGUGAUUUGAGCUCAGUGGAUUCUGAUUUCAUGGGUCGUAGCCCUUUAUUUUCUACAUUUUCGCAAGCUUUGCCACAUCAAUCUGAGGCCAGUAGUCUUCCCAAAUUUGCUUCUGGUCCACUUGGAAGAUAUUCAACCCCAGCAUCAGGUCCACCUACUACAAGAUCCACAAAGAUGAGCGAUUUUCUUUCGGGCCCUCUCAGCACCUCAUCACCUAAAUCAGGCCUUCUUGUUCCAGAAAAGAGCAAACGUUUCAAGUUCUACUCAGGUCCACUUGGAAAGUUAACUGCAAAAUCCGGUCUGAUUGCUGGAAUGCGCAAAAGCAGCAAGAAAAUGGGGCAGACGCAGACCCCUGAAAAAUCUCCCAUUUCCUCAGGUAAAAAACCCAAUCGGUUAACUCAAGUGGGUCCGUUUAAAGGUUGUAUGGUUUCUCAAGAUGGGAUUACUCCUCUCAGCAUUCGGAUCAAGAAUGGAGCUAGGAAUAGCAGUGCUGAUCGUCAUCUUUCUGAGAGUAACCCUAAUUUUGCUCACACAGAUAACUUGGCAUUUCAACCACGACCAAAAUUGUUAGAUGCUCCUCCUGAUACUCUGGGUGCCGCCUGCCUAGCGUUACACUAUGCAAAUGUCAUUAUCGUGAUACAGAGAUUCGUGGCAUCUCCUCACUUGAUCGGUGAUGAUGCAAGAGGUGACCUUUACAACAUGUUACCCGCAAGCCUGAGAACUUCUCUGAGGGAAAAGCUAAAGCCAUACUCAAAAAGAUUGACCUCUUCGACAGUAUAUGAUCCCAUUCUGGCAAAAGAAUGGACCGACGCAAUGAUAGGUAUAUUGGAAUGGCUUUCUCCUCUAGCGCACAAUAUGAUAAAAUGGCAAUCAGAGAGGAGUUACGAGCAUCAAAGUUCGGUUUCCAGGACAAACAUAGUUUUGGUACAGACCCUUUACUUUGCGAACCAGCAGAAGGUCGAAGCUACCAUCACCGAGCUUCUUGUUGGUCUGAACUAUGUCUGGAGAUUCGGUCGGGAACUUAACUCCAAGGUUCUGCAAGAAGGCCCCAUCUGAGAAAUGUUUGGGCUAGGAAAAGAAGAGAACCUCCUCGAACGGAUGAUGAUAAGGUCUACGAUGAAAAGCGGCUGACUUUCGAUAUUUAGGGCAUUGCUCGUACGAACCCUCGUAAGCCGGAGGAUGAGAAAUAGCUGAGUACUUUCGAAAGUUUGGUGAAAGGUAUAAGCAUUCCUCUUUUUUUUUCCCCUAUCUUCUUGGAUUGCCAGAUUAUGAAAUCUCUUAGGAUCAAUGAUGAGUUGUGAAUAUCCUCUAGAAAUUUGUUUAGGUGAAAUAUACUGAUUUUUAUGCAUAAACCAUGUGGGUUGAGAGUUUGAUUCUGUAAAUGCUAUGUGACAGGAUGCUUUGCCCUUUUGUACCUGACUUUAUUUCUGAAACAUCAACAAUUUGUUUGUGAUUGGUUAAAGUUUUCGGAUUUGGGACA